CGAAGCUCUCGAUUAAUCUUCCGCAUCCCUAAACCGCACUCGAAACUAGCGAUUGGCCUUUGUAGGCCUAUAGAUACACGCACGAUACGGAAUAAAAACAGAACCUGAAUUUUACAACCGAAUUGGGCCCUCGCAACUCGGCUCCCAGCGACAAUGGCAUCCCACCAGCCAGCCCGCUGGGCAGCCGCCCUCAGCAGAACCUCGCCCUCCCUCCUCCUCAGCAACCCGCGAGUCCUCAUCACCACGCAACACAAGCUCCUCCCACGCACAGCCCGCCGCGGUGUCAAGUACGGUUGGUCAACGCAGAACCUACGAACGAAGCCCAAGCGAUUCAACCAGCCAUCCGCAGGUCUCCCCGCUCCCACCACGGGCCCCGCGGCGGCGUUGGCGCGGACGGCGCAAUCAACACCGUUACGAACGGGGGUGUUGGCUGUGAAGAAGGGCGUGUCGGCUAUGUACAGCGCGAAGGGGAUGCGGAUGCCGUGCACGAUCCUGCAGAUGGACCAAGUACAAGUCAUGGCCGCGAAGACGCGGGCCAAGAACGGGUAUUGGGCCGUGCAGCUCGGCUGCGGCCAGAAAGAGCCGGGAAACGUGACGGCUCCGCAGCUGGGGUACUAUGAGGCGAAAGGGGUGGCUCCGAAGCGACAUGUUGCGGAGUUUAAGGUCAGGGGUGAGGAUGGACUGUUACCGGUUGGUGUGCAGUUGCAGCCGGAUUGGUUUAAGGUCGGGCAGUAUGUGGAUGCGCGGAGUAACAGCCGUGGGUUCGGGUUUGCGGGUGGUAUGAAGAAGCAUGGGUUUGCGGGCCAGGAGGCGAGUCACGGUAAUUCGAAGAAUCACAGGACGAUUGGUACGACGGGACCUAGUCAGGGCGGUGGUUCGCGAGUGCAUCCCGGCAAGAAGAUGCCGGGGCGUAUGGGGAAUGAGAGGGUUACGAUUCAGAACUUGGAGGUGCUGAAGGUGGAUAACGAAAUGGGAAUCGUGGUUAUCAAUGGACAUGUGGCGGGGCCUAAGGGCUGCAUUGUCAAGAUCGCGGAUGCUAUUAAGAAGCCCCCGCCGCCGGAGACGUUCAUUGCGAAGGCGCGGAGGUUGCUGUUGGAGCGGAACCCGGAUCAUGAGGCGAGACUGCAAUCUGCGCGUGAGGCGCAUGCGGAGCUCAAGACGAUGAGGAAGGAGGGCAGGAUAGCGGAUGCGAUGGCUAUGGCGCGUAUGUUGUAGCUGUAGAAGUAGUAUAUACAUUUUGUACUAUAUGC